UCACACUUUUGCUCUCCUUGCAGUCAGUUGCUCUGCUUGCUUUCGCAGCCUUUUAAGGUUUCCGAGCGCAGAAAUGACUGCCCCCCACCCCCUUCCUCGGUCUCCCCUUUCAGUUGAGAUGUGCUGAUGUGCAGACCGGAUUCAUCUUCCCAGCGCGGCGGCGGGAGCAGGCGGCGGUUCGUGCUUGGCCCCCGGGUCCUGGCAGCAGCGGGCGCGCGGCGCAGGAGCUCCGGCCCGGGCGGCAGCUAAGCCCACGGGGCGCCUGGCCGAGCGCGGCCGCGGGAAGUUCGGCCGCCAGAAGGGCGCGCGGCCGGCUGCGUGCGCCCGCCCGCGCCGCCGGAGCCCAGUCGGCCCGCAGCAGCCCUUCCCUGCCCGCGGGAGCAGAGCUCCUCACCUGCCCUCCGCCCACCCGCGGCCCGGCGCCAACUUCUCCCAGCAAGUGGGGGAAUAGGCGGUUCCUGCCCUCUCUUCUGUCCCGGCCGCAUCCGCAUGUUUCCGGACACCUGAAAACCCCAGUCCUGUGGAGGAACCUCCAGUGUGGGAGGAGGGCCAGCUCCCCUCGCCCCGCACUUGGCAGCGGACAGCGGACGCCUACCUUGAGGUCCGAUCUCCUCCUUUCCCUUAAGGGGAGGAGGAUGGGGUUGGAAACGCUUUCCCUGAGGAUGCUGGUGUGGCUGGUGGCCACGGGGAUUGUUUUCUACGGGGAACAGUGGGGCUGCGCUGGCCUCGACUAUGAUUACACUUUUGAUGGGAAUGAAGAGGAUAAAGCAGAGACAAUAGAUUACAAGGACCCGUGUAAAGCUGCUGUCUUUUGGGGUGAUAUUGCCUUAGAUGAUGAAGAAUUACAUAUAUUUCAAAUUGAUAGGACAAUUGACCUUACACAGAAUCCUUUUGGAACACUUGGACAUACUACAGGUGGACUUGGAGACCAUGAUAUGUCAAAGAAACGAGGGGCCCUCUACCAACUCAUAGACAGGAUAAGAAGAAUUGGCUCUGGCUUGGAGCAAAACAGCACAGUUAAGGGAAAAGUACCUCUAAAAUUCUCAGGGCAAAAUGAGAAAAAUCGAGUCCCCAGAGCUGCUACAUCACGAAAUGAAAGAAUAUGGCCUGGAGGCGUUAUUCCUUAUGUUAUUGGAGGGAACUUCACUGGCAGCCAGAGAGCCAUGUUCAAACAGGCUAUGCGACAUUGGGAAAAACACACUUGUGUGACUUUCAUUGAAAGAACUGAUGAAGAGAGUUACAUUGUAUUCACAUAUAGACCUUGUGGAUGCUGUUCUUAUGUAGGUCGGAGGGGAAAUGGACCUCAGGCAAUCUCUAUUGGCAAGAACUGUGAUAAAUUUGGAAUUGUUGUACAUGAGUUGGGCCACGUGAUAGGUUUUUGGCAUGAACACACACGCCCAGAUCGAGAUAACCAUGUAACCAUCAUAAGAGAAAAUAUCCAACCAGGCCAAGAAUACAAUUUUUUGAAGAUGGAGCCUGGAGAAGUGAAUUCACUUGGAGAGAGAUAUGAUUUUGACAGUAUCAUGCACUAUGCCAGGAACACCUUCUCAAGAGGGAUGUUUCUGGAUACCAUUCUCCCCUCCCGUGAUGACAAUGGCAUACGUCCGGCAAUUGGUCAGCGGACCCGCUUAAGCAAAGGAGAUAUUGCACAGGCAAGAAAGCUGUAUAGAUGUCCAGCAUGUGGAGAAACACUACAAGAAUCCAAUGGCAACCUUUCCUCCCCAGGAUUUCCAAAUGGCUAUCCUUCUUAUACACACUGCAUCUGGAGAGUCUCUGUGACCCCAGGGGAGAAGAUUAUUUUAAAUUUCACCACCAUGGACCUGUACAAGAGUAGUCUAUGUUGGUAUGAUUACAUUGAAGUAAGGGAUGGAUACUGGAGAAAGUCACCUCUCCUUGGUAGAUUUUGUGGGGACAAAUUGCCUGAAGUUCUGACUUCUACUGACAGCAGGAUGUGGAUUGAGUUUCGUAGCAGCAGUAAUUGGGUAGGAAAAGGUUUUGCAGGUGUCUAUGAAGCAAUCUGUGGAGGGGAGAUACGUAGAAAUGAAGGACAGAUCCAGUCACCUAAUUAUCCUGAUGACUACAGACCAAUGAAAGAAUGUGUGUGGAAAAUAACAGUGUCUGAGGACUACUAUGUCGGACUGACCUUUCAGGCCUUUGAGAUUGAGAGACAUGACAACUGUGCUUAUGACUACUUAGAAGUUCGGGAUGGAAACAGUGAAAAUAGCCCUUUGAUAGGGCGUUUCUGUGGUUAUGAUAAACCUGAAGAUAUAAAAUCUACCUCAAAUACCCUGUGGAUGAAGUUUGUUUCUGAUGGAACCGUUAACAAGGCAGGAUUUGCUGCUACCUUUUUUAAAGAGGAAGACGAGUGUGCCAAACCAGACCGUGGAGGCUGUGAGCAGCGCUGUCUGAACACCCUGGGCAGCUAUCAGUGUGCCUGUGAGCCUGGCUACGAGUUGGGGCCUGAUAAAAGGACCUGUGAAGCUGCUUGUGGAGGACUUCUUACCAAACUUAAUGGUACCAUAACCACCCCAGGUUGGCCCAAGGAGUACCCUCCCAAUAAAAACUGUGUAUGGCAAGUGGUUGCACCAACACAGUAUAGAAUUUCUAUGAAGUUUGAGUUUUUUGAAUUGGAAGGCAAUGAAGUUUGCAAGUAUGAUUAUGUGGAGAUUUGGAGUGGCCUUUCUUCAGAGUCUAAAUUGCAUGGUAAAUUCUGUGGUGCUGAAGUACCUGAAGUGAUUACCUCUCAAUUCAAUAACAUGAGAAUUGAAUUCAAGUCCGAUAAUACUGUAUCCAAGAAGGGCUUCAAAGCACAUUUCUUCUCAGACAAAGAUGAAUGUUCUAAGGACAAUGGAGGGUGUCAACAUGAAUGUGUGAACACAAUGGGGAGCUACAUGUGUCAGUGCCGUAAUGGAUUUGUGCUACAUGAAAAUAAACAUGACUGCAAGGAAGCUGAAUGUGAACAGAAAAUCCAUAGUCCAAGUGGCAUCAUCACUAGCCCCAACUGGCCAGACAAGUACCCAAGCAGGAAGGAAUGCACGUGGGAAAUUAGCGCCACUCCUGGCCACCGAAUCAAAUUAGUCUUCAGUGAGUUUGAGAUUGAACAACAUCAAGAAUGUGCUUAUGACCACUUAGAAGUGUUUGAUGGAGAAACAGACAAGUCACCAAUUCUUGGACGGUUAUGUGGUAACAAGAUACCAGAACCCCUUGUUGCUACUGGAAACAAAAUGUUUGUUAGAUUUAUUUCUGAUGCAUCUGUUCAAAGAAAAGGUUUUCAAGCCACACACUCUACAGAGUGUGGUGGACGACUGAAAGCUGAAUCAAAACCCAAAGAUCUGUACUCACACGCUCAAUUUGGUGAUAACAACUAUCCAGGACAGAUCGAUUGUGAAUGGCUGUUAAUUGCAGAACGCGGUUCUCGGCUCGAGUUGUCUUUCCAGAUAUUUGAAGUGGAAGAAGAGGCUGACUGUGGCUAUGACUAUGUUGAGCUCUUUGAUGGUCUUGAGUCAACAGCUGUGGAGCUUGGUCGAUUCUGUGGAUCAGGGCCACCAGAAGAGAUCUAUUCAAUUGGGGAUGCAGUCUUAAUUCGUUUUCAUACUGAUGACACAAUCAACAAGAAAGGAUUUCAUAUAAGAUACAAAAGCAUAAGAUAUCCAGAUACCAUGCACACUAAAAAAUAACAUCCACACCUCCACUGGAACAUUCGGGAGUGCACAUAAUGGAGAGAAGAUGUAUUUUUUUAAACCGAAAAUAGUAGCAUAAAUGUUUUAUAUAAUGAAUUUGAACAAAAGAAAAUUUUAAGACUAGAAUUAUCUAUUUACUGAAAAAGAAGUUUCUGGAUAACCCAGAUGGACAUUAUAAGGAUAUUUGAAUUCUGAGCUUGACGAAAUGAAUAAAUAUGAUGAAA